AUGAGUGCAAAGCAUACAAUUGAUCAAGUUCAGCAAGUACAAGGUAAGGGAAAAGGGAUGAUCAGGCAAAUAUACUGGCACAUGAAAGGGGAGCAACAAAGGCCUGCAUGGAAUUGUCUCAUGUUUAACAAUGCAGCAAGGCCUAAAGCUUACUUCACAAUGUGGAUUAUCUUGAACCAAAAGCUAGUAACAGUUGAUAGACUAGUUCAAUGGGGUGUUGCAGUAGAUAAGAACAGUGUUUUAUGCAUGAAUACAGAAGAGAGUAUAGAGCAUUUGUUUUUACAAUGUCAAUAUGCCAGGAAGCUUUGGGAGAGACUGCUAGGAUGGAUAGAUCAACAAAGUGCUUUUCCAAUGACAUGGGGACAGUUUCUGCAAUGGAGUACUCAACAUGGGAAAGAAAAGAGUACAACAACACAAAUUUUCACGAUUGUACUGGCUGAAGGUGUCUAUGGGGUGUGGAUUGAGAGAAACAACAAAAUCAUUGAGCACAAGAGCAAAAUGGAGGAAAAUACAGCUAAAGAGAUAGCCUAUGUAACUAUUGCUAGAGCUUCUCCUAGUAUUAAAAAUGUUGUUAGACAAUGGAAAUUUUGA